AUGUCUAUUUACGCUCAAAAUCUAUGCUACACCUUUCCAACCAACAAAAUUGGACUAUUUGAUGUCAAUCUGGACAUCAAGCCAAGGUCCAGAGUUCUGCUUGUUGGUCCGAACGGAGCCGGAAAGUCCACCUUGUUGAGGGUCUUGGCUGGCCAAAAGCUCAUCAAACAAGGAAAACUGUUACUCAACGGAACAGAUCCGUUUGAAUUGGCAUCUGCUUCCAGCUGCGGAGUUAUCACGUAUCUUGGAACAGAAUGGGCCUCCAACCAGAUCACCAAACGAGACAUUCCUGUCACUGUUCUGAUCGACUCCGUUGGAGGAACGCUCUUCAAGGAACGCCGAGAUCAACUUAUCAACAUGUUGGAUAUUGAUAUCACCUGGAGAAUGAAUCAAUGUUCUGACGGAGAACGUCGCAGAGUGCAAUUGUGUAUGGGUCUACUCAAGCCAUGGGACUUGCUACUGUUGGACGAGGUCACUGUUGACCUGGACGUUCUUGUUCGGGCCCGUCUGUUAGCUUUUCUGCAACAAGAAACAGAGUCUAGAAAUGCCACCAUAGUUUACGCCACACAUAUUUUUGACGGGCUUGGCGAGUGGCCGACCGAAAUUGUUCAUUUCCGCGGGGGCUGUAUCGUCGCACAACAUUCGAUGGAUUUUGUCUCGUAUGGAGACCAGGAAGAAAACGUAAAGGAGACCAAAUCUACAGUUGAGAUUGCGAAAUCUAAAUCUUUCUAUCCAUUGGCACUACACUGGCUUUCUCAAGACUUGGAUCUUCGGGGAGAAAGAACCGAGGAUAAGACUCGUCCAAAAUAUGAAGAUUUGAGUCGGUUGAAGAACGACCAAUUUUACGAUGACAAGAAUAGAGUCACCAGCUACUUUCAAACCACUCGGCACGUUUAG